AUGAUCGAUUAUGGAUCAGAUACUAAUGGUAGAAUAAUUUAUAUUAAAAUUGAAUGUAAUCAUGUUCCAAUAGUAUUAGUCAAUGUUUAUGCUCCUGCUCAAAUAACAGAACGAUGUUCCUUUUUUAAGGAAUUAUUUUUAUAUAUUCCUUCUACCAAAUGGAUUAUCAUCGGUGGGGACUUUAAUUGUACCCCGAACAAUCAUCAAGAUAGAAACAAAUUAGGUGCACAAACAGAUAAUCUAUCUUAUCGCAUUUUACUUAAGGAGGUGAUCAAUCCACUAUUGUUAACUGAAAUAUUUAGACGUAAACAAUCUAGGAAAAUGAUUUAUUCAUAUCAUGCAAGUGCAGGCAAUUAUCAUAGUCGAAUAGAUCUGGUAUUUGGUUCUGAUAUUAUAUACAAAAAUACACAUGAUAUUGGUUAUGUUCCAGUGGGCAUAUCAGAUCAUGACGCAUUAGUUUUAUCUAUCAAAAUACCACCAUUAACCGAUAAAAAUAUGCAUCAAAAAUUCCAUCGAGUAUGGAACAUUAUUAUCAACACAGCUGAUCUUAAUACAACUGAAUGGUGGAAGGAUUUUAAGACAAGCCUAAUUAUGAUAAUACAACAAGAAGAAAAAGAACUUAAUCGUGAAACUCGACGUGAAUUAGAUGGAUUAUCUAAAGAAUAUCGUUUUAGAGCAACUAAUCCAUCCAAUGAUGACUUAGCACAAUUAGAGAUUAUUAGACAAAAACUUCACGACGCAUUAACAGGAAAAUUCGUUAAUAGCAUUCCAAGUCAAGAUGAUCGUGAUUUUAAAUGUCUUAGUAAUUUAGCUAAAGUGAGAUUAGCACAUGGUAAAGCCAAUCAAUCUAGAAUUGCUUAUCUUACUCACCCAUCUAAAGGUCGUGUUGAAACAGAUAAUGGAAUGAUGGAAAUUUGUUGCAAUUUCUAUCAAGAUUUAUAUAAUGUUAAACCAAUCGAUACAUAUUAUUGGAGCGAGUUAUUCGAAGAUAUAACAACACUCAAUCAAAAUGAUAUCGACUUACUUGAUCGUGAUAUAACAACGGAUGAAUGUUACGAAGCCCUUAAAGCUAUGCAAUUAGGUCGAGUUCCAGGUGAUGAUGGUUUAACGAUUGAACUAUGGAGAUUUAUUUUUCCAAUAAUAGGAGAACCUUUGUUAAAUUUAAUAAGAAAAAAUCCCAAGAUACCCGGUGUUUUAGUUCCAGGUAGUCAAUAUAGAUCACUUGUUAAUACAAUUCUUCAAAACGAUGAAACAAAUAUUGAAAUUAAAACAUUAGCAUAUGCUGAUGAUGUAUGCACAUUUGUUUUUAAUAUCAAUGAUGAAUUUGAAACUUAUGAACUGUUUAAAAAAUAUAGUUAUGCAUCAGGUGGUAAAACAAAUGAUACAAAAACAGUUAUCUUUUGGAUAAGUGACUGUCUGGAUCCUCUUCCUUUUAAUGCAAAAAUUGAAAGAGAGAAAUGUACCUUCCUGGGAAUACCAAUGGAUACUCAAGGCCAGUUACCACAUGAAGAAAUUGAUAAAAUGGUAAACAACAUCAAGAAAGAAAUAGGACUAUGGUCCUCAAUAAGACUAUCUUUAUGUGAAAGAGCAAGUAUUCUAAAAUGCUUUAUAAUUAGUAGAUUGGUAUAUUUGUUAUCAUCAAUGUUAAUUAAUAAAAAUGUAAU